AUAAAGGUGUUAUAUAGUUUGCUGUUUACUUUUUUUAUGCUCGAACUUUAUUUAAAAAAAAUGCAAAAGCAAUGCACUUGGGCUUCCGUUGUCACGUGACCAAGAGAACGUCCAACUGCAAGCCAGAACGGGUUUGAUGGCGGAAGUCGUCAAUGCUUUGUCGUGUUUUUAAAGCGCAUUUAAAAGCGGUGGGUUAGGCUUUUAAAAUCUGUUUUACACUGUAAAUGAUCCCUUGCAGUUCUGGUUUGGUAAUUUGUCCGUGACGUCGCUUCCAUCUCAGGAGAUGGAAUCAAAGAAUCUGCCAAUAUAUCACCAGAAAAGCAAAUUAGUCCAGGCCGUCAGGGAAAACUCGUUCUUGAUAGUUAGUGGAGAGACUGGAAGUGGAAAGACGACACAACUUCCACAGUAUCUUUAUGAAGCGGGUUUUUGCAAAGAUGGCAACAUCGGCAUCACUCAGCCUCGCAGGGUGGCUGCCAUCACAGUGGCCCAGAGGGUAGCUCAGGAGAUGCAGUGCUCUCUGGGAAAAGAAGUUGGAUACCAAGUACGCUUUGAUGACUUCACGUCACCAAGCACGGUGGUGAAGUACAUGACAGACGGCUGUUUGCUCCGAGAGGUGCUCGCAGACCCUGGGCUCUCUGCCUACGGCGUUAUCAUUCUGGAUGAAGUCCACGAACGCAGCCUCAACACAGACAUUCUGCUGGGCUUAUUGAAGAAGGUCUUCUCCAAUCCUUCUACGGCCACCAAAGGCAGGUCUUUCCCCCUGAAGGUGGUGGUGAUGUCUGCUACCUUGGAAACAGACAAACUGUCAGUUUUCUUCAACGACUGUCCUGUUUUCACUAUUCCUGGAAGGGUGUUCCCUGUUACCUGCAAGUUUGGGACAGCUGUUGGACCCAAGGACCUAGAAAGCACUGGUUAUGUCAAAGAGGUGGUGAAGGUGGCUCUGAAUGUUCAUACCACUGAAAUGGCUGGUGAUAUUUUGGUGUUUUUGACAGGCCAAGUAGAGAUUGAGCGCGCGUGCGACCUGCUGUUUGAAAAAGCAGAGAGCAUCGAUUAUCGCUACGAUGUGUACGACCAAACGGUGGAGGGCCUUCUCAUCCUCCCGCUGUAUGGAUCCAUGCCCACUGAUCAGCAGAAGCAGAUUUUUCAGCCCCCGCCUCCAGGAAUAAGGAAGUGUGUCGUAGCCACUAACAUUGCAGCAACGUCCUUGACUAUAAAUGGCAUAAAGUAUAUUGUAGACAGUGGCUUUGUGAAGCAACUCAACCACAACUCCAGGGUGGGCUUGGAUGUGUUGGAGGUUGUUCCUAUUUCAAAGAGCGAGGCGUGUCAAAGAGCCGGCCGGGCCGGAAGAACUUCUGCUGGCAAAUGUUUUCGGAUCUACACGGCCGAGUUCUGGGAGAAGUGCAUGCCUGAGUACACGGUCCCUGAGAUCCAGAGGACCAGCCUGACUGCAGUGAUUCUCACUCUCAAGUGUCUUGGCAUUCAUGAUGUCAUCAGGUUUCCUUAUCUGGCCUGUCCCGAGGAGAGAUUUAUCCUGGAGGCACUGAAGCAGCUCUAUCAGUUUGAUGCCAUUGACAGGAGAGGGAGAGUGACUAAGUUGGGGGAGCUGAUGGUGGAGUUCCCGCUGCACCCCGGCCUGACCCGGGCUCUACUUAAAGCCGCCUCGCUCGGCUGUCAGGACCUGCUGCUCCCCGUGGCCGCCAUGCUGUCUGUGGAGAACAUCUACAUCAGGCCAGGUGAGCCUGAAAAGCAGAAGGAGGCGGACACCAGGCACAAGGCGUUGGCUGCUAAAACUGGCAGUAUGAAUGACUUUGCUCUGCUCCUCACAGUGUUCCAGUCUUGUAAAUCCAGUGACAGACCAUCGGCAUGGUGUAAGGACAACUGGAUCCACUGGAGGGCGCUAAAGUCGGCCUUUAGUGUGGAGACUCAGUUGCGAGAGAUUCUGCUCCGCCUCCAGCAAAAAAGAGAUUUCCCUGUGGAAACUUUUGAUGGUAAUAAAAGUGAGCUCUUCAGGCAAUGUCUGUGCACAGGAUACUUUACAAAUGUCGCCAGAAGGUCUGUUGGAAAAGUGUUCUGCACCAUGGAUGGCCAUGGAUCCAUGGUGCACAUUCAUCCAUCGUCGUCGCUGUUUGACCAGGAGGCGGAGCUGAACUGGGUCAUUUUCCAUGAUGUGAUGGUGACCUCCAGGGUCUACAUCCGGACGGUGUGUCCGAUCCGAUACGAGUGGGUGAAGGAUUUGUUACCGAAGCUUCAUGAAGUGGACGUCUACGAGCUGAGCAGCGUUGCAAGACAGGAAGUUACUGAUGAUGAGAUGAAGAAAUGGGAGACCAAAGAGGCAGCAAAAAGACAACAAGACGUCUUAAAUGAAGAUGCGAUGAAGAAACUGGAAAAAAGAAAUAAUGAAGCCACAGUCAGCGAUGCUCGAGCUCGCUAUUUGGAACGAAAGAAGCAAAGAGAACAGAGCAAAGCCCUCUGACAUGAAGGACUUCCUUCUGACAGAUCAGACUGUUGUUUUGAUGACAAAACUAAUAAAGAUUUAUUCCACUGCUA